AUGAGGUACGGUGAUCACUAUGAAUGGAACAAGGCCGUGACCUGUAUCCACAAUGUGUUGAGUCAACAGCGCUGGCUGGAGCAUUAUGGAGAGGUGGUCAUCAGAAACACAAAGAGCGAUGAGUGCACUUGCAAGAUCACCUUUGUCAAGUCUCGUUACUGGAGCUCAGACAGCAGUAAGAACGAGGUUCAGGGUGUAGUCCUAAAUCGGGCCGGAGAAGUGAUCCAUCGCUUUGGAGGCCUGUGGCAUGAAGGCAUCUUCUGUGACACUCUGCCAACACCAAAGUGCAUCUGGAAGCCCAAUGUACAGCCUGAUGACUACGCCCAGUUCUAUGGUUUCUCACAUUACGCAAGAGAACUGAACGAACUAACCCCGGACCUGAUUGGUGUCCUUCCACCUACAGACACACGAUUCAGACCAGACCAGAGGCUCCUAGAGGAGGGGAAGGUGGAAGAGGCUGAUAAGAAGAAGGAUGAAGUGGAGGAAAAGCAGAGAGACCGCAGGAAGGAGAUGGCCAAAAAAGGGGAGGAGCACAUCCCUCGUUUCUUCAAGUAAAA